AGGUAGAUAAAAUGCUCGAGGGUGUGGGUAGAGUACUACUAUAUGUUAUUAUCCUGGUUGCAUACAUAGCGUUGAGCUACACACUAUUCAAAUUCGUUCGUUGGGGGUUUUAUGCGCUCCAGCCUCUGAUAGUAUCGCUGCUUGUAUUAUGGUCGGUGAGAUGUUACUUGCUAACUCCGGCUAUGACCACUGUAGGUCUGCGUUAUAUCGAAUUGCGCCAUAAUGAUGCUAUUGGUAAGGCCAUUACUACUGCACUUGGCAACCUGGAUGCUGGGCUAUCUGUCCAACAGGAAGGCCAUAUGCGCAAUAUAGGGGUGUUAAGGUCAUCUUUAGACGACAUCUACACUCUAUAUGCGGGAAUGUACCUACUUCAGAACGGAUCUUUGAACCAUGUACUCACGGCAGCAUUCACCGAGUUCUACUAUGACCUCAAGUUACUCAUGGCGCUCAUGUCUAAAGUGGCUCUACCGAUACAUAAACCGGAGUCCAUUCGCAUGGAAGUGUUUCAUGACAUGGUUCCUUUUAUUCGUGAGGGAUUUGAGGCUCGACCAUUGUUCGACUCGAUAUGGCUCCGUCCUGCGGUGAGGCACAGUCAAGUAUCGCUGCUGGCUGCUUUGUACAGGGCCAACAUGAACAUGAUAACUGAUGUAGAAAUAAGUUUGGCUCUGUCUAAAGUGGAAAGGCUUCCUGAAAUCAAGACCAUCAGUGCCCUUUGCAAGGGCUUGAUGCAUCGCAUUGUAGGCCUGACUGAACGUCACACCGAGGGUAGUCGUAUGACCCAGGCUAUAUAUUCGCCCAGGCCUACAUUUGGUAGCUACCGGCUACAGAAAUACAUGGCCCUAUUCCGCUUCAUGGGUAAACUGGAGCAGUUCCAUGUGCAGAAGAACUUCCCCAACUUCCACACCACCAUAGAUGCCAUGCUGAUUGCCAAUAAAACAUUGGUAAAGGAAGCCGAGGCAAAACAGAGGCAGAUAACUGACUUUCACCCGGAUGAUAAGGAUUUGUAUGCGCAGCUGUCCAUGCUGCAUGGCACUGAUAUAUUUGAGUUACUCUACAGCGAGGGAUACGAAGAGCGCUUCUCUCAGCACCCUAUGGUGCUCAUGUUCAAUAACAACUCUGAAUGUUACGAAUUCAAGGUUGGCGUGCCCUAUGAGAUCUACGAGCACAUGGCCAGGGGCCGGAACGUCUACAUGUUCAACUACGCGCAGGUAUGUGACUCGCGUGGUGAAACCAUCCAGUCAUCACUGUUCCACGACGCCAAGAUGCUUGCGGAAAGCCUGCUCAGGAGAUUCGGGUACAAUUUCCCCAAUGGAAACAAGUUUAAACUUGCAUUCCACGGUGCCAGUCUCGGUGGUAUGUUCGCCACGGUCACUGCAUCCAGUUUGGAAAAGGAGCAUCCCAGCAGCAUGUUGGACUUUGCCAUAUUGCAAAAGACCUUCGGCAGCCUCUAUGACAUGGCUUGGCAUAACCUGAGUGUACUGGGUGGUGUCAUGGCUCGCUUCUACGGUGUGAGCAUAGAUCUGUACAACCGGUACGUUGACCUGCGCAUGCCCAAGUUGAACGUCUAUGAGGUCAACGAUGCAGUCAUACCCUCGUACUACAGCUUGUCAGGUCACGUGUCCAAAACGUACUUUGGCGAUUUGCUGAAGCCACUGCUCCAAGAGUUCAAGGAGCUGGUGGAUCUGUAUCAUGAAGUGCCAAAAGAGAAUUUAUCUCAGAUCUGUGUUGCAUUCCAUGCAAUCAACUCUGCAGGGCAGCAUCUAGGUGACUCUAACAGGGGCCUGAAUUCUAACUGGCACCGCCAUGAUGGCUACGUAUCAACUUUUAUGGCCAGAGUAGUUGCUUUCGGCAGCGUUCCCGCCAAGAAAAUGGUUGAUAACCACACUGCGCUCCGACUACCUCAGCUCUGGGAUAUACUCUUGAAGUGCCCUUUCAAGGGCAUUACAGCAACCGAUGCUGAUGGUCGCAAGUACCUGAAGGUGCCGGCCAACAUUGCCGCGCUGUUCAACAUGUUCCUCCUGGGUAAUGCGGCAUUCGAGCAGGGCUCCGGGCUACAUGACACCAUACUGGCACCGGGAACUAGGCAACCCGUACACUCAGAUGCCACGCACCUGGGUAACGUCAGGGACGUUAAAGCUUAUGAGAUAGAAUGGCCCGAUCGCAUACGCGACUACAAGGAGCAGCCGAUAGUCGUCUCGGACUCCACGCAUGACAUGAUAUCGGACGACCUGCAGGCAUUCGGCAUCCAGCAGCCGCAAAUAGACGGCGUCCGGCUAUAUGCGUGGAUGCAGCUUUACAACCUGCUGCAUACGGUAGCCUUGGUACAUGCAGCAAGGUUACAGAACGACGGGGAUAUGUCCUCGAUGGUAGAGACGUUCGCUACCGCCAACAUGAAACUAUCGUUCGGUAUCGACCCAAAUGAAGAUUCACCACCAACCACCCAAGAUCUCAGCGUACAGCUGUUCAAGGAACGCUACCGCGCAUUCGGUAACAUCCUUACUACAUACACGCGACACAGCUUACCACUGGAGACCCAAGACAUGCAACUUGUUCACGCAGUACUCGGAUGAUGAUAUGUACACUAAUUAAUGCAAUGUUACCAAAACACGCCGAUGGCGCUCGCCGUCGCGAACACUACAGUUGUGAAGCACGCUGCGGCCACCGUCAGCCUGCGUAUGCGCUUGCGCACUGGCGCAUCGCUACUGGGCUGUAUGAAGGACGAAUUGCGCUGCAGCUUCAAAAAUGAAUCCCACUGCGACUGGUCGUUAACCGGGUGACACGGACGAUCAGAACCAGCACGUGAUUCCUUAGCUCCGGGAGGUUCAUACUGGCGCAAGUACAGAAAGUGCUCGUCACGCUUGAACUUCUGGACCCCGUUUAUACGAUGCCUUAGA